AUGGUCGAAAGAGAAGAAGAACGUGAAGAAAGAAGGAGUUUAGUAAACAAGAUAGCUAUGGUUUCUUGGGCUGUCAUUAAGGCGAUUUUGAUCCCGCCAUCUAAGGGGGACAUUAAGAUGAGAUGCGAGAUGGCUACACAUAAAAAUGAGGAGUUUGAGCAAGAAGAAUGCUGUAAAGAUCUAGUUGAAGAUAGUUGCACUGAGGAUAAGUUUGAUUCUCGGAUUUUCAAGUUUAGAAAUGCCAUCAAUUCCUUCUUCCGGAAGGAGAAAGAUCAUGUUGUGUUCAACGAAGAGUUGGAAGAAGAUGAAUAUUAUAUUACAAGUCCGUUGGAUGCCUUUAUUGGUUACGCAGUUGAUGUAGCGGGUUCGAUUACUGUUCUAAUUAUAGUUUUCGCCCUAUUGAUUGGAUGGAUUAUUUGGGGGUGUUUAACUGGUGCAGGAGACACAUGGCAAAUUGUUAUGCAAGAUGGUCAAUCCAUUCAAACCUAUGUGUGGAACACCUUUUUGAUGAGGCAACAGUUGGAUGGCACUGAGAAGUUUUUGUUGUUAUAUGGAAAACUGAAGAGCAGAUCAAACACCGAAAAAAGAUUAAUUGAGCGAAUUGUUGAAAAUCGGAAAAACAAUGGGUUUGACUUCAACAUUUAUUCCGAUAAGGUGGAUGAAUUUGAGAAGAGAGGCGAGAUUGAGUUCAAGAGUAAAUCCAUGUUUGAUAAGGUCAGUGACUUGGUUGGAAAGGUGGUUGGUAGCUUACCAACAGUUGUAUUGUAUUGGAUGGGCAUUUUCGCAUGGAUUGGAUGUGGUGCAAUACCGAUCAAUGAGGGUACUGUUGAGGAACCCCAAAUGAACACCUUUUCGAAUACAUGGCAGAUGUAUGUCAAUACCGCAACUGCAAUUGAAUUAUUGAUUACCACUGUUUUCCUUGAAAAUAUUAGGGGCAGAAGUAGUAACUAUAUCUUGAAGCAGACGCAAACAUUCAAUGAGCUGGAUUCCGAUUUGGAGUAUCUUUUAAGAGACAUCAACAAGGACUACUAUGAGAAUGAUCUCGUUAUUGUGAAGAGAAAUCCCCGUGAUAAAAUCCAGAAACUCAUUUCGCUUUAUGCACAUAUCGUUGGUAAUGGUUUAGGGCUUAUUAUUUCCAUUUGUGUUUUCAGUGCAUGGCUAGGUAUCGGCAAUACCAUGAAGUGGAACUCCAACUGGUGGUUGAUUAUUGGUACUUAUACUGGGUUGAUGGGAUUUAUUGAUGGGUUUGCGUUGAGAGAGAUUUUCUUUUCAAUUACCAAUUACGAAAGUGAAAAAUAUAGAGAUUUGCUCAAGGAUUCGCAAGACAUGAUUGAUUUACUUGGUUUGCCUAUUGAAUUGGAGCCCCCAAAGAAGAAGAUGACGCUAUCAGACAGAAUAUCAAUUUAUAUCAACCGCAUAUGUUCUAACAAGUAUUCUGUUGUGUUUGCCGUGGUGGUUGUGCUUGGAUUGAUUAUUCUUGCCAGUGGACUGAGGUGGUCAGAGACUGCACAAAUAAUUUGUAAUACCCCAACAAUGAUUAUCGAAGGUUUCUUCUUGCUUAUAUUAGUCCAGGCACAUGAUUGGGCCAACGAAGAGAGAAUAGAGAUUUUGAGCGAGUUGACGAGAAGCAGGGUCAUUAUUCAUGAUUAUAUCACAAAGAAUAGUAGAUGCUAG